AGGCCGACAACUGAGACUCAAGCAGGACAACACUUCUACCUCCUGCGAAGGGAUAUCUAUUUUAACAGACAUUAAGUAGCCCUAUGAACGAACUGAAACUUCAGCGGAAUACGGAUCUCUGUGCCGCCGCGUUUCGUUUCUCCUCCCCGACAGUGUGGUGCUGCAUGCCGCAGGUUGAAGUGCCAUGAAUAAGCCUGAACAACAGAUGCCAACCACAUAGGUCACUUUACCUCCCUUUCCGUUUGCUUCGAACAGAGGAUGCUGGGAAUGUGGCGUGGGCGAAGGAAGUUACUGGUGGCCUCUCUCGCACUGCUCUUCAUCCCGGCACUCACCUGGCUUUACCUGUCAGUCGGGAGCUUUCAGGUGAAGCCUCUCCCCUUGUCUCCAUUGGAAGCCCAAUCAUCAAUGGCAGUGGGCCGACGUGGCGAGCAGAAGUCCUUAGAGCUGCGGGUCCGUGCAGUCGAGGAGGAGAACCACGCGCUGCGCCGGGAUUUGAGCCGAACACCGAGGAGUUCGCCUGCACGCCAUCCAAAUAGUGAUCACCACGGAAACCAAACCCGAAAUCAUUCAGAGGAAGGCACUGGUGACAAUGAGGGCCAGAAGUCUGCUGCAGUUGUGGGAAACCGCUCAGACUGUGUGCAGCAGCCAAUGGUGGAUAAGUGUGAGACCAUCCAUGUGGCCAUCGUAUGUGCAGGUUACAACGCCAGUCGAGACGUGGUUACACUGGUUAAAUCUGUCCUUUUCCACAGACGGAACCCACUACAUUUCCAUUUCAUCACAGACUCCAUUGCUCAGCAGAUCCUCUCUUCUCUGUUCCAUACAUGGAUGGUCCCUGCUGUCAAGGUCGACUUCUACGAUGCAGAUGAGCUAAAGUCAGAGGUUUCAUGGAUCCCCAACAAACAUUACUCUGGAAUCUACGGCCUGAUGAAGCUUGUCCUAACUAAGACGCUGCCAUCCGACCUGCAGAGAGUCAUUGUCCUGGACACAGACAUUACAUUUGCCACUGACAUCGCUGAACUCUGGGCGGUUUUCCACAAGUUUAAAGGUCAGCAGGUCCUUGGUCUGGUAGAGAACCAGAGUGACUGGUACCUGGGAAAUCUGUGGAAGAACCAUCGACCCUGGCCGGCUCUGGGCAGAGGCUUCAACACUGGGGUCAUUUUGCUUCUCCUGGAUCGUCUGAGGAAGCUGAGAUGGGAGCAGAUGUGGAGGCUAACUGCAGAGCGAGAGCUUAUGAGCAUGCUGUCCACCUCCUUGGCAGACCAGGACAUCUUCAACGCUGUGAUCAAACAGAACCCGUUCCUGAUUCACCAGCUGCCCUGCUUCUGGAACGUGCAGCUGUCCGACCACACCCGAUCCGAGAAGUGCUACAAAGACGUGUCAGACCUCAAGGUCAUCCACUGGAAUUCUCCCAAGAAGUUGCGAGUGAAGAACAAGCAUGUUGAGUUUUUUCGGAAUCUCUAUCUAACCUUCCUGGAGUACGAUGGCAACCUGCUGCGGCGAGAGCUAUUUGGCUGUCCCAGCGAGGCUGACCACAACAGUGAAAAUCUUCAGAAGACUCUAUCACAGCUGGAUGAAGAUGAUCCUUGCUACGAGUUUCGCCGAGAACGGUUCACAGUUCACCGAACACACCUCUACUUUCUCCACUAUGAGUAUGAGCCCAGCACUGACAACACUGACGUCACGCUAGUCGCCCAGCUUUCUAUGGACAGGCUCCAGAUGCUGGAGGCCAUUUGUAAGCACUGGGAAGGCCCUAUCAGCCUCGCCCUGUACCUGUCCGAUGCCGAGGCCCAGCAGUUUCUGCGCUACGCUCAGGGCUCCGAGGUACUAAUGAGCCGUGGAAAUGUUGGCUACCACAUCGUCUACAAAGAAGGACAGUUCUACCCAGUUAACCUGCUUCGUAAUGUGGCCAUGCGGCACGUCAACACACCCUUCAUGUUCCUGUCCGACAUUGACUUCCUACCUAUGUACGGCCUAUACGAGUACCUAAGGAAGUCAGUGUUGCAGCUGGACAUGACCAGUGCCAAGAAAGCCCUAGUGGUUCCAGCUUUUGAGACCCUGCGAUACCGUCUGUCUUAUCCUAAAUCCAAAGCUGAGCUGCUCUCUCAGCUGGACAUGGGUACACUCUUCACUUUUCGGUACCAUGUUUGGACUAAAGGCCAUGCACCAACUAACUUUGCCAAGUGGCGCACAGCCACUACGCCCUACAGGGUGCAGUGGGAAGCCGACUUUGAGCCUUACGUCAUGGUUAGGAGGGAUAGUCCUGAAUAUGACCGCCGCUUUGUGGGCUUUGGCUGGAACAAGGUUGCGCACAUCAUGGAGCUGGAUGCACAAGAGUAUGACUUUGUGGUUCUGCCCAAUGCCUACAUGAUCCACAUGCCUCAUGCGCCAAGCUUCGAUAUUACCAAGUUCCGUUCCAACAAACAGUACCGGGUUUGCCUCAAGACCCUGAAGGAGGAGUUCCAGCAGAACAUGUCGCGGCGCUAUGGCUUUGCCGCUCUAAAAUAUAUGACAGCCGAGAACAACAGCUAGCCACCACUGGAGACCCUCAUUCCCCCGGCCCUGAACUUAUGAAACCCUCCAUGGGCAAGGGGGGCGGCAGGAAACAGACAGCCCCGUGUCUGGAUAUGAAGAUGCUUUGUUUGAACGAUUGACCAUGGGUGUGGGUCUUCAUGUCUAUUCUUUGUCCUGUGCAGUGGGUUUAAAUGCUGGGAAAGAGGACACAACUGGCCUUGGCAUCUGACAAGGAAAGCAGACAUUGCCCUAUUUGUAAGGCCAGUGACAGAGCUGUUGCAACAAGUGACAUUAUGUAUGCCUGUAUGUUCGUGCAAUUGAGCAAAUUUGUGACUAUAUAUUUGUCCCUCCCAGGGCAGUGCUUGGCAAAAAGCUUAAGAGAGCUGAAGAUGUGAGUAAAGCAUUGUGGGCUUACAUUCUGUUGCACACCUGCUGAGUGUCAAACACCUGCAGCGGUCUGACUGACAGCAUGCUACUACUUAAAUUCAAACAGUGACCAGCAAGGCCAGAUAACAAAUAGGUAAAGAUAUCCCCACAAUUUAAAUUUUAUUGCUGAUCAAAAUAAAUCCUCUUCCACAUAUACAAAGGAAAAUAAAGUGCAAAACUGGCUGGGGUCAUCCAUGCGGUUGAUAUCCAUGGUAUCUCCACAUCAGCCUGAGCAUGCUGCUAAAGUGUUUCCAUUGUUUUUUACCACUAUGGAAUGUGACAAGGGCAGGUGCAGUGAACUGUUGUAUUUUAAAUUAACGCCAGCGCGCUUUGCGCAAAUGCUCCGGUCAGUUUGUGAAGCUCACCACACUGAAUAGCACUAAGCAAAGAUGCAUCAGUCACAGAGUUUCAUUCAUCAGUUGGUUUACAGUCCCAAUGGGGCGAGCAAGGAGGCGUAGUGUAUCUGAGAAGCAGAGAACAGAAACUGUCAAAAUCUACCACUUGGAGUGCGAAGAGAAGCACUUUAUUUCUCUCUUUCUGGCCUUUAGUUUGAUGAUAGUAACUUUGUGGCAAACUAUCCUGUUUUCCCCACACAGAUCCAGAUGUUGGUUUGACCAGCUUUUGCCAUUGCUGUAGCCCCUGUGGCCUGAAUGUCACCAUAUUACAAUCAUACUAUAUCAUCACUGUUGUACAUCAACAUCAGGAAGUCUGUUACUACAUGAGAAAAUUUGAAAGAUUCAUGGAUGGAUGAAAGGUGACAGAUAUUUGUCAAUGUUCAGUAAGUAAAUUCCACUGUGAUAUUUAACAUUAUAUUCAAUGUUAUAGAUGCUUGAAAAGAAUUGGAAUGAGUCCUGGUGGGAUUGCAUUAGGAUGUUGGUUUCCCAGUUGAAAUGUAUUGAUAUUAUCUUGGUGGUGGUGCUGAUUCAUGUGAAGCUGUUUGGUAACUGACACCGGAAGGAAAAGAAAAACUUUAUUGGUUGAUGCAUUCCACAGAUCUUAUAUCGGUAAAACUGGCCAGGGAUCAGACAACCAUUAUAAGUGCAUAUAUCCAUCAUGAUCAUAUGUGUAGAAAUAGCUUCAGCUGCCAUUAUCCCAGGGGACUGUCAUGUCCACUUCCACCAAUUCAAUUAACAAGGGAGGACAGGUGCAUUUACACAUGUGCAAAACCAGAUCAGUAUGCUCCUCAAAACUCACAUUUCCAUUAAGUUCAGACACUCAUUUCCGGCAGCUUUUAUGCUAAAGAAAUACAUCACACAAGGUAAUAAAAGUUCUACUUCAUAGCUCAACAAUACACUUUCAUUUUUACCUCAUUCAAGAGGAUGAGAGUUCCUAAAAGUCUUACCCACACAGUCAUCUCAAGGGCAACUAAACAGCUGCAAAUUCCAUCUACAUGGAGACCAUGGUAUACGAUUGAAUGCUUGAGAAAAAAAGGGGUUUCUGAAUCACUUUCUAUGAGGUCUGUGUUGCAUUAUAUACAUACUUAUAAUGAGUUAUAAUCAGUCACCGGACUGGCAGUUGCCAUCGGAGGGUCAGUCGGGCUGUUCCUGGGGCAAGAGAGAGACAGCGAUUAUUUCUCUUCAGCCAUAAAAAAAAGACAGGCCACAGGCCUCUUACCCUGAGACUGGUUUGCAGUGGGUCUGGUUCUCACUCCUCAGUAACUCAAGACAGUCUUGCUUCCGUGUCCCCUGGUUGAGGUUAAAAAGGCUCCUGAUUGGUUGUCCCACACAGGUGGAUUGAAGCAGAGACCUGGGUGGGGAGGAGUUCCCUUUGAGAAUCCUCUGGAGUAGUGCCGCCC